AUGGUGCCCUACUGGUUCGCCGCCCUGACCAUGAAGUCCGUCGGAAAGGCAGCGGGCGAGAUGGUGGCCGAGGUGAAGAGGCACUUGCGAGGGAGAGUGUUGAGGAGUCCACAUUCCUACAGUUCAUUGGAGCCUAAAUCCGACACCCCCCAACCCUAA